AGGGAACAAAUUUUAUGUCGAAACCUUCAGGCGAAAGGAGUGCGGCAGUUCUGGUCGACAUGUUGAUGAUCAUAAUAUUGACUCUGCACUUGGCCACUGAGAGUUUUUCUGCAGCUCAUCACAAACGACAAGGGAAGUCUAAUCGCUAUGCCGUAAUCAACCAAAACGGACCUCGCCGCAGUGGUAUCUUAGAAAUGGUGCAAACCAUGCCCACAUCGACCACACCCACUAAUCAAGUGUCCGUGCAUCUAAACUCGACCGUGCCCUCUACAAAAGAUAAAACACGAAACUCUGACACUGUUAACAAAACACCUCCCAAAACAAAGUUGUACUCUGUAGUUAAUAGUAAAGCUGUGAGUCACAGUGUGUCUGUUGUUCAGAAUACCACAAACGGAUUGAAAAACUUGACGACAUAUUCGUUUGAUAAACCGAACAGUUUUCCACAGCCAACGAGUAUUCCAGCAAUCGAUACAUUGUCAGAAGCAUGGCCAAAACCCAUGGGAGCGAUCAGUAACGAAAUGGAGGACGUCGAAAGUCCACCUUCAAUGCAGCCGAUUGCGAACGAGAUGAGCAACGAAGAAAAAAUUCCCGGUAUAGCUGAUAUUUCCGACAUGGAGCGUAUUCCGUUAGACUUUCAAGAAGAAGAGCCGUGGGAAAGAAGUCAAGCCACUGUCAGUCAGGUGACGCACAGUCACUCCACGCAUGAUCAUGAUGGCUCUGGUGUUGGUCAUGCUGUGCGUAGGCAUGUUAUUCCUACUCCGCGUAGACGGAAGAUGAAGUUAGCUGUUAGGGAAAGGAGUAAGAUAACUGAUACAUAUGUGAGAGGGCGAGGACAUAAUAAUCCGAGAACUCGGCUGAGGAUCAAGAAUGCUAUCCUUAAAGCUAGAAGGUUAAGAAGGAAAGGCAAGUUCAAGUCUGAGAAUCAAAUUCUCCCAAACCCCAAAGUUAAAAAGCUCAAUGGGAACAAAACCUGUCCGCCUUGUUCGUUUGUAAAAACGAGAAAGUCAAAAAAGAAAAUGGGAAUUCCGCCUCCCGCACCAAUCGAUCCAAUUCAGCCGUUGCUUGAGAAAUUUGAAAAAGAGAAAGAAGUUGGUGACAUUAAGGAACAUACAGUGGACAUUGAAAAAGUUAAACCAAAUGAAGGAAUUGAUAAGCAUUUAAAAACUUUGGAAACUCAGCCCGAAAUCACAUCAAUUUCUGAACACCUUACGAAGGAACAAAUUCAAGAUAUCGAGCCCAUAGAAAAUCAUCAACUAGAACUCAAUACGAACUGAGCAAUUUUUCUUGGUUCGAACGCUGAAGAAAACUAAACCUCUUUCCAUGUUUCCACAGGACUGCACAAUUCUUUCAUAGGCCGUCAAAAGCAAAGGGCGUAAGGAACAAAUGAUUUACA